AUGUCCGAUUCGAAUUUCUCGGAGCAUUCCGAUUGCACGUCCAACUGGGUGACUCGCGACGUGGCAAUUAUUGGCGGCGGUGCCAGUGGCACGUAUGCUGCCUGGCGCCUACGUGAACUUAACUACAGCGUUGCCAUCAUCGAGAAAAAAGCUCGACUAGGCGGGCACACAGAGACAUACAUAACACCGCAGGGCGUGCCAAUCGACUACGGUGUCAUGGUGUACCACAACUGGCCCCUGGUUGAGCGUUUCUUCGAGCACUUUGGCAUACCCCUUACCGAGUUCAGCUAUGCCGCCGAUCAGGGUACAUCUAUCGACCUGCGCACUGGCGAGGUCGACAAAAACUACACUCAGCCCGACCCGUCGCUUGCGCUGCAGGCCUAUGGCGCUCAGCUUGCUAAAUACCCUUAUCUCAGGGAGGGGUUCAAUUUGCCGGACCCAGUGCCCGAGGAUCUGCUGAUCCCGUUUGGCGCCUUCGUCGAGAAGUACCGGCUUGAUGACGCGGUGUGGCUGAUCGCGCAGUACAGCCAGGGCUUUGGCGAUAUUUUGGCCGUCCCAACGCUCUACGUCGCGAAAUACUUUGGGCUGGAAUUGCUGGACGCGCUACAAGAGGAGGCAACAAUAGCGAGGUUUACAGCCGCGGGGAAGAAGAGUUUCAAGGCGAUGUAUGGUACGAGUCUACGGUUCCUCAUUGUGCGCGGCCCCAAAAACACUACCCACCUCCGCGCCAAACAACUCCUCAUCACGGCGCCGCCAUCCUACAACGCCGUCGUCGAGCCGCUCUGCCCCUCCGCUCGCGAGCGCGCCCUCUUCUCCCGUUUCCGCUCCAACACGUACUGGGCGGGGGUGAUGCAUGCGUCGGGCCUGCCGUCCACCAGCGUGCGCAACGCCGCGCCCGAGCAGCCGUUCCACCUCCCGCGGCUGCCGAGCGUGUACGGCUGGUCGCCGGCGCAGGGCGCGCCGGGGUACUUCUCGUUCACGUACGGCGGGCCCCAGGGGCAAUGCUUGAGCGACGAGGCGGUAAAGGCCGAUGUCCUGGCUACGGUGGAGCGGACGCUGAAGGCCGGCUCGCUGGAGGGCGGCGCUGAGAAUGGGACGGAGGCCGUGAGCUUGGUUGCGUUUUCGAAUCAUAGCCCGUAUGAGUUUAUGGUUGGUGUUGAGGAUGUUAGGGCAGGGUUUUAUCGCGAUUUGAAGGCGCUGCAGGGGCACUGGGAUACCUGGUGGACGGGGGCGGCGUUUGAGGCGCAUGAUUCGAGCCUUGUCUGGCGGUUUACGGAGGGGUUGUUGGGUAAUAUUACGGAGAGGCUGGGGAACUAGAACGUCGACUCAGAAAGAGCUCGGGUGUUUCAGACUCGGAUUUACUUCACUGGUAGUUGAAAGGUCCUCGCUCCUUCACUAAAUCGUAGGUAGAGAGCAAUAGCUUUCUGCUCAUGGAACCCGAGACCUCACCUUUACUUCCUCUCACACGAACACCCCGCGAUUUCCUACUUCGACCACACGCCUGUCCUCGCUUUUACUCCUCUACCUCACCUUUACUCCUCGACCGACCUUCCACCGCCGAACUUCCACCUCAUCUUUACUCCUCCACCUCACCUCCACCGCCGACUUUCUACCGCCACCUACCUACCUUCCUCCGCC